AACACUAAUGCCAUCUGAGAGAGGAAAAACACUCGCUUUUGAUCUCCCUAUAUGGAUCUUCGAAGAUGAACACAACAAGGAAUAUAAACAUAUAUUUAAUUUGACUAUGUGAUCACAGUAUCUGGAUUUUCCUUUUUCUUUGUCUCUUUCUUUUUAACUAAUGCUUACGAGCGGCAGUCCUUCCAAGGUGGCAGAUCAAGAUUACAGAUCUUCUUAUCCCAUUGCUGGGUCGGAAGGCUCUUUUCACUUGGUGGUCACCUGCGCACCGGGCUACUUUUAGAUUACUGCAAUAAGUGCAAACCGGGACUUGAGAUGAACGCAGCGGCAGCAGCAGCUGCGUCCAGUCAGUGGGGAAAGAGCGAAUGUGCCGAAUUAAGUCACCUCGGGCUUUUCAUCGCGAAGAAGAUGUGCCGAGAGCCGCUGCCUUUGUCCUGCAACUUGAUUUGAAUCAUUGACUAAAUAUGCGAACAUUCCUAACUGCCGUGCCUGGUUAACUGGCUGAGCGCUCCGCAUAGUUUGACAGGUGUCUUCAGUCCGUGGGGUCCACUGGGGUCAGCACGCCCUCCAUUUGAAUGACUUUUCUCUAAUAUCAGACAAUUUUGGCUCUUUUCAGAUUUUACACUCAUUUACAGGGAGGCGCGGUUCGCACUUCAUUAGGUGAACUUGAUAGAUGAGAGAAGGCAGUGGGAAGGGUGGUUGACGCUGGGGGGCGCAGAAGCCCUGGGUGCUUUAGAUCGCCUUGAAAUUGGGAGUGCAGAAAUCAAUAAAUGAAUUAAAUAAACUUUAAAGCUCCAUUAAAAAAAAAAAACAAAAGUACAUUUAAAACGCCAAAUGUUGCGUAGGAUGACACUGGCUUCGCUUCCUGUACUAUUCUUGGAUGUUAAAGUUAAUCAGGUGAAGAAGUAAAACCUCGAAACCAAGAAGACUUACUCGAAAUGGGAAACGCGAGCAGCUUAAGGCUGGGAUCAAAUGCAUGGCAAUCCUCGACUGAAACCCUUGCACAGACCUUACUUUUAAAAAUGACCACUCAGCGUUAUCGAGAAAGGCGCUACAGGCUUAGACUCGGGGUGUCAGACGUGUACAGUUAGGAGGUUCGAUUGGAAUAUCAGUUGGACACCAUGGAACUGUCAGAAGUGAGGUGUUCCAGCGCAAGUGAGGAACUGUACACCAUUAACAAGACCCCGAGCAGCAGUAGCAGCGGAACCCGACCCAAAAGACUCUUGUGGCAAAACGCAGUGCGCCACAUCACGGAGCAGCGCUUCAUCCACGAGCAGAGCAGCGCCAAAACCAUCUCCUCGGACGACUCCUACAGCCAAAGCACCCGGAAACAGUCAGCCAGCAAGACAGCGAGCGGCGACAGGCACAAUAAUGGGGGGACCAAAGUGUUCCCGGAGCGAGCGAGCAGCGAUCUGGGCUUCCUACAGCUUGACUGCGCGCCAAGCAAUUCGGAUUUCUUCCUGAACUGGGGAUACACUUACAGAGGUGUCAUCUUCCCCACUUUGAGAAACUCGUUCAAAUCACGAGACCUCGAAAGGCUAUACCAGCGGUACUUUCUGGGCCAGCGACGAAAGUCUGUAGUGGUGAUGAACAUCCUGGACGUACUGACCAAGCUCACCCUGCUUGUCCUUCACCUCACUUUGGCUUCGACCCCAAUGGACCCGAUAAAGGGCAUACUGUUGGGCUUCUUUACUGGCAUUGAAGUGGUCAUUUGUGCCUUAGUGGUGGUUCGGAAAGAUACAACCUCUCAUAGUUACCUGCAAUACAGUGGCGUGGUGACAUGGGUGGCUAUGGCCACGCAAAUUCUGGCUGCCAGGCUGGGCUACGGACUACUUGGGGAUGGUAUCGGUUAUGUUCUUUUCACCCUUUUUGCCACAUACAGCAUGCUUCCACUACCGCUCACUUGGGCCAUCCUGGCCGGAUUGGUGACGUCUGUUCUUCAUAUUGUGGUGCAGCUGGUUAUCCCCAGAGAUGUAGUUAUUUCUACAAAUCAGCUGGUUGCUCAAGCAGUUCUCUUCAUGUGCAUGAAUACGGCAGGAGUGUUCAUCAGUUACCUCUCCGACAGAGCUCAACGGCAAGCCUUCCUCGAAACGAGAAGAUGUAUCGAGGCCAGAUUGCGGCUGGAGACUGAAAAUCAAAGACAGGAGAGACUGGUCCUGUCUGUGCUGCCGCGCUUUGUUGUCCUCGAAAUGAUAAACGACAUGACCAACGUGGAGGAUGAGCAUCUGCAGCAUCAGUUCCACAAAAUUUAUAUUCAUCGCUAUGAGAAUGUCAGCAUUCUUUUUGCAGACGUCAAAGGAUUCACCAACCUGUCCACGACUCUGUCUGCCCAAGAACUCGUCAGGAUGCUAAACGAACUCUUUGCAAGAUUCGACCGACUUGCACACGAACAUCAUUGUUUGAGGAUAAAGAUCUUGGGUGACUGCUACUAUUGUGUUUCUGGACUUCCUGAGCCACGACAAGAUCAUGCCCACUGUUGUGUGGAAAUGGGGCUCAGUAUGAUCAAAACUAUAAGAUAUGUACGAUCACGGACGAAGCAUGACGUUGACAUGCGAAUAGGAAUCCAUUCAGGAUCUGUACUGUGUGGAGUUCUGGGACUACGGAAAUGGCAGUUUGAUGUCUGGUCCUGGGAUGUGGACAUUGCAAAUAAAUUAGAAUCUGGAGGGAUACCCGGGAGAAUCCACAUUUCCAAAGCUGCUCUGGACUGUUUAAAUGGAGACUAUGAAGUAGAGGAGGGCCACGGAAAAGAAAGAAACGAAUUUCUGAGGAAGCACAAUAUUGAAACGUACCUGAUAAAGCAGCCGGAGGACAGCCUGCUCAGUCUGCCAGAAGACAUCAUGAAGGAGUCGAUAAGCUCCACGGACAGAAGGAACAGCAGUACCACCUUCACGGAAGGAUCUUGGAGCCCUGAGCUUCCUUUUGAUAAUAUCGUGGGAAAACAGAAUACUCUGGCUGCCCUAACAAGAAAUUCAAUAAAUCUGCUUCCAAAUCAUCUUGCACAAGCUUUGCAUGUCCAGUCUGGGCCUGAGGAAAUUAACAAGCGAAUAGAGCACGCCAUCGACUUACGGAGUGGCGAUAAAUUGAGAAGAGAGCAUAUCAAGCCUUUCUCACUGAUGUUUAAAGACUCCAGCCUGGAAGAGAAGUAUUCUCAGAUGAGGGACGAAGUCUUCAAGUCGAACCUGGUCUGCUCCUUUAUAGUCCUCAUAUUCAUCACCGCAAUCCAGAGUUUACUGCCUUCAUCAAGGAUGAUGACAAUGGUGAUCCAGUUUUCCAUUCUUAUCAUGCUGCAUUCCGCUCUUGUCUUAAUAACCACGGCUGAGGAUUAUAAAUGUUUGCCGCUGGUGCUGCGCAAAACCUGUUGCUGGAUUAAUGAGACCUACUUAGCCAGGAAUGUCAUCAUUUUCGCAUCCAUUCUCAUCAACUUCCUCGCAGCGAUGAUAAAUAUUCUAUGGUGUGACUUUGACAAGUCGGCCACUUUGAAGAAUCAGACCUUCAAUGCCUCCGCUUCAAUACCUGAUAUCUGCUUUUAUCCUGAGUAUUUUAUCUUCACUGGUGUGCUGGCGAUGGUGACGUGUGCCGUUUUCCUGCGGUUAAACUCCGUCCUGAAGCUGGCAGUGCUGCUUAUCAUGAUUGCCAUCUACUCUCUCCUCACAGAGACCAUCUACGCCUCGCUCUUCGUCCGCUAUGACAACUUUCACCACAAGGGGGACAAAGACUUUUUGGGUACCAAGGAGACGUCCCUCUUGCUGAUGGCAAUGUUUCUAUUAGCGGUGUUUUAUCACGGCCAACAGUUGGAAUACACCGCACGACUAGACUUCCUCUGGAGGGUUCAAGCUAAAGAAGAAAUAAACGAAAUGAAGGAGCUGAGAGAACACAAUGAGAAUAUGCUGCGGAAUAUUUUGCCCAGUCAUGUUGCCCGACACUUCCUGGAAAAAGAUCGAGACAAUGAGGAGUUGUAUUCUCAGUCGUACGACGCAGUCGGCGUGAUGUUCGCCUCCAUCCCAGGAUUUGCCGACUUCUACUCACAAACCGAAAUGAACAAUCAAGGAGUGGAGUGUUUACGCCUUCUGAACGAAAUCAUUGCCGACUUUGAUGAGUUGCUAGGUGAAGAUCGAUUUCAAGAUAUUGAGAAAAUUAAAACAAUCGGCAGUACCUACAUGGCUGUAUCAGGACUGUCCCCUGAGAAACAGCAGUGUGAAGAUAAAUGGGGCCAUCUGUGUGCUUUGGCAGACUUCACCAUUGCGCUGAAUGAGAGCAUUCAAGAGAUUAACAAGCAUUCUUUCAAUAACUUUGAACUACGAAUAGGUGUCGCACACGGAUCUGUUGUCGCUGGGGUGAUUGGAGCGAAAAAGCCUCAGUAUGACAUAUGGGGCAAGACGGUGAAUUUGGCAAGCAGAAUGGAUAGCACAGGCAUCAGUGGCAAAAUACAAGUGCCUGAAGAAACGUAUCUCAUACUGAAGGAGCGCGGCUUUGCCUUCGAAUACCGGGGUGAGAUCUACGUGAAAGGGAUAAGCGAACAAGAAGGAAAGAUCAAAACCUACUUCCUCCUAGGAAGAGUUCAGCCAAACCCACUUAUCAUGCAACCAAGGAAACUGACUGGCCAGUACUCUUUGGCAGCCGUCGUCCUUGGGCUUGUGCAGUCUCUGAACAGGCAAAAGCAGAAGCAAAUCCUUAACGAGAACAACAACUCUGGGAUCAUGAAGGGACACUAUAACAGGAGGACACUGCUGGCUUCUGCCGGAAAUGAAACGGUCACACAGGCCGAGGCUGCUGACAAAACUGAAUUGCCAUAAAUAUGUUGUUUUCUUUUGUGUUGAUGUUCUUUUGUAUUUCUUUUAUAUAUAAAAUAAUAAAAUGGGUUUAAUUUUU